AUGAACUCUCUGAAGUAUGUGCUGGUUUUCGAUAUUUGGUACAAAUUCUACGCAAUCGCCGGUCUGACUGGCCAAUUUUUACUAUUAUAUCUAAUCAAUCGAAAGUCGCCGGCCACUAUGGAUCACCUGAAAUAUUUCCUCUACAAUACCUCAUUUGUGCAGAUCGCUUUGAUAUUGGCGGUGUUCUCAAUUCAGCACAGAGUGCAUGCGAAUGCGACGUCCGUCGCGAUCCUUUCCACUGCUCCUUGCACAUGGAUUGGUCCGACUGCGUGCUUCACCAUGUACCAUGCGCUUUGCCUCGAUGCUGCUUGUUGCAUCAGCAGUACAGUUUUAUUCCGCUAUCUUGUCGUUCGUCUCAAUGAAUUCACCGUCCGCAAAAUCGCGAUUAUCAUUUCGAGCGCUCAUGCGAUUUUAUUUCUUGUCCUUUUAUUGCCAUUCUUCGACACGUGGAAUUUUGAGAAAUUGAGAGAUGAGACAUAUUCGGAACAUCCCGCCUAUAAUUUGAAAUACUAUGAGCCAUUGUUCGGAUUUGCCAACAAUCAAUCGUUUCAAUUUUUGGCGGCCACUGCAUUAUUGGCCCUUGUGGUUUAUGGAAUUCCGUUUGCCAGCGGCGUUAUGACGAGACAAGUGCUAGUGACGAUCAGAUAUCAUCAGAAUAUGUCUGAUAAAACGAAGAAACAAGCGAUGACGUUGAUAUAUGGUCUAAUCUGUCAAACGUUUUUGCCUUUUGUUGCCUAUAUCCCAAUAUUUUCAAGUUAUUUAUACUCACAAAUUACUGGCGAAGAGAUGUUGUUAUCAGGUCAUCUGAUCCUCGUAAUGGCCAGCAUGCCCGCCCUUGUCGACCCAAUCAUUUCAUUCUAUUUCAUCGUGCCCUAUCGACAAGCAAUUAUCGAGCGAUUUUGCACAAAGAGAAAUAUUUUGCAAAUUGAUAUGUUUACCGUAUCGAGCACAUCCGCAGUGAAACCCUGA